AACUUUGCUAAAACUCAGUUCAGUUUACAUUCUCGUACAGAACGCUACGCAGCCGAAAAUAAAAAACAAUAUUCAAUAUAUAAGAACGAAAAUAUAUAGAAAUCUAAAUAUAUUUCCACAAGGAAAUUUAGUGUUUGAAAAGAAACGUGAAAGAAGCCCCGAAAAGAUGUUCAACUAUACAAAGAUCCUGGCCGAGCAGCUGGGAUUUCCAGAGGAUAGACUUGCCGUUUUGGCUGGAUUUGGUGGCUUCGUGGGAGGUCUGCGUCCUGCCCACAAGGCGCUAAUGUGUGUGGGCGCUGCCACUGUGGCCUGUAUGCUGGUGGGUCUAACGGUCAAGUCGCUCAAGAAACGUGGAAAGGCAAGCGGAAACGGAAACAAAAAUGAUAAAGGGCUCGACGACAACGACGAAGCUACUGGUUGCAAAAGGCAGCGCAUGUCCAUCAAUAUAGUGAGUGGAUCGCAGCUUGGACCCAAUGUGGAGGCCAUGGGCAUGGACAAGGAUACCUUGCCGCCACAGGAUCCGCUGCAGGUGGAUCAGGGACUCGGCGAGGAGGAUACCAUCGCUGUUAUAUGGUAGUGGGAGGAACGGAACCAUAAGUUAAUCUUAAAACAAAUAUGAUAAAUAUCAUUUAACUUCAUAUAUUUUGUAAUUCGUAAAGCCCUCUUGCUACCUGAAAUCUUGCUACCAAUGUUGACCAAUUAAAACCUCACACAAAGACGGUGGCGUCCUGUUACCAAA